UAAGAAUCUUUCACACUCUCUCUAUCUUUAUAUAACCACAUGCCUUCUCUUCAACAUCAUCAUCAUUACAGUGUUUCCUGAUCCCUACCCUUUGAAGCAAAAACAAAACUCCUUCUGUUCUAUUCAUCACUAUUGCUCUAAGACAGUAUCAAAACCCUAUCUUUAAUAGAGCCAAAGAUGCUGCAGAUUGUAGGCAAGUAUAGGUGGAGACAAUCAUGUCGUUACAAGAAGCUGACGGAUCAACAUGAGAACUUGACUACAUUGCCACCAACAACAACAAGGUCGACUAAAAGGCCGAACUCGGGGAAGAAGAGCGAGAUUCGAGCAAAAGGGUUUAGACUAAACCGAUCAAGAAAGCUGGUUCUUAAGGCAUUAGCUUUUCCUAGAAGGUUAUUUAACAUGUAUGUGCGUAUCACAAAUAAGAUGAACAGAGAAGGUUUGUAUCCUAAUCUUGUUUUUUCUUCUCAUUGGGGUUUCCCUCUGAACUCAAGAGGUGGGUUCUGUUAGAGAGAAGAGGUCUGCUUCUGAUUAAUCAUACAAAGAAUGAUACAUAAAAAUGUGAAGGCAAUGAUUACAUUACAUACAUACAUACAAUGUUCUUGUAACUUGCCAUGUUUAUUGAUUUGGAGAAUAAUUGAAACAGAGUUCAGAGUU